CUGUAUAGUUGAUCACCGAUUCCACUGAACGUUUCCAUCGUCAUCUCUGAGAUCGAUUUAAUGCCCAAACAGGAAACUGGCAUGAACUGGGAUUGAGAGUCGCUGUAGCUGUCAUAGUGAUUGGGUUUUCAAUAUAACUUCUAAAUAUUACGCGCAUAUUAUUAGGAAAACAUGUCAACGUGCUUAUAACUAUUAUCGCCAAGACUAUUAUGAGGAACACGGGAAAUGUCUUUCUCAAAGGAACAUGAACACGUAGAGCAGCGUUUGGACAGGCAAGCUUCAAAGACUUUACUUGUGGACGGUAGACUUGCAUUUUAAAAGCUGUGUCACAAGACACGGGAAUCAGACCGAGUAGUUUCUCAAGAAACCACACUGGCCAAAAAGGUCUUUGCUGGUAAGACAUGGACAACCCUGGGUACCGCAGAGGAAGCUUUAACAGCAUGCAGAGCGGCACCAGUGAUGAGGACAUGGUUGAGAUAGCUGGAGCCACAUUGGAUUCCUCAGUGACAGACGAUGUGCUGCCAUUGGACAGGGAUGUUUCCAGGGGACACUCCACUUUUAAUGGAGAAGGCUUGAAUGGUGCCAGUAAGAUGAUGGAUUUCCUAGAGGAGCCUAUCCCAGGGGUGGGGACGUAUGAAGAUUUCAAUACUAUCGACUGGGUGAGGGAGAAGUCGAAGGACAGAGACAGGCACAGAGAGAUUGCAAAUAAAAGCAAAGAGUCAACAUGGGCACUUCUACAGAGUGUGAGCGAUGCUUUCUCUGGCUGGCUGCUGAUGCUCCUAAUUGGUCUUAUGGCAGGUUCCCUUGCUGGUCUGAUCGAUAUCUCUGCUCACUGGAUGACGGAUCUGAAAGAGGGGGUGUGUCUCUCUGGGUUCUGGUUCAAUCACGAGCACUGCUGCUGGACCUCCAAUGAGACCACGUUCAUCGAGAGAGACAAGUGCCCUCAGUGGAGGAGCUGGGCCGAGCUCAUUGUCGGACAGCCGGACGGAGCGUUUGCCUACAUAGUCAACUACCUGAUGUACGUCAUCUGGGCCCUGCUGUUCUCAUUCCUGGCUGUGUCCCUCGUCAGGUCUUUUGCUCCUUAUGCAUGUGGGUCUGGAAUCCCAGAGAUUAAGACCAUUCUGAGUGGCUUCAUCAUCCGGGGGUAUCUUGGGAAGUGGACUCUGGUGAUCAAGACCAUCACCCUGGUUUUGGCUGUGUCGUCGGGGCUCAGUCUGGGCAAGGAGGGACCGCUGGUGCACGUGGCCUGCUGCUGUGGCAACAUUCUCUGCCACCUCUUCACCAAGUAUAGUAAGAAUGAGGCCAAGCGGAGAGAGGUAUUGUCUGCAGCAGCAGCGGCUGGAGUCUCAGUGGCUUUCGGUGCCCCUAUCGGAGGAGUCCUGUUCAGCCUGGAGGAGGUCAGCUACUAUUUCCCCCUGAAGACCCUGUGGAGGUCCUUCUUCGCCGCCCUGGUGGCAGCUUUUACCCUGCGCUCCAUCAACCCGUUUGGGAACAGCCGGCUGGUGCUGUUCUAUGUCGAGUUCCACGCCCCCUGGCACCUACUGGAGCUCAUCCCCUUCAUCAUGCUAGGUAUCUUCGGGGGCCUGUGGGGGGCUUUCUUCAUCCGCACCAACAUAGCCUGGUGUCGCCGCCGCAAGACCACCAAGCUGGGCCGCUACCCCGUGCUGGAGGUGCUGGUGGUGACAGCCAUCACAGCCAUCAUCGCCUUCCCCAACGACUACACGCGCAUCAGCACCAGUGAGCUCAUAUCAGAGCUCUUCAAUGACUGCGGCCUGCUGGACUCUUCCAAGCUCUGCGACUACAUCAACGACAACACCACCAAGACCACCGACGACCGCGCCGCCGGCCCCAACGUCUACACUGCCAUGUGGCAGCUCGCACUGGCGCUCAUCUUCAAGAUCUUCAUCACAAUCAUCACCUUUGGCAUGAAGGUCCCAUCAGGACUUUUCAUCCCGAGCCUGGCUGUGGGUGCAAUAGCGGGCAGGCUGCUGGGAAUUGGAAUGGAACAGCUGGCCUAUUACCACCACGACUGGGUCAUCUUCAAAGGCUGGUGCAGCCCGGGGGCAGACUGCAUCACACCAGGGCUCUAUGCCAUGGUGGGAGCAGCAGCAUGCCUUGGUGGGGUGACCAGGAUGACCGUGUCCCUGGUGGUCAUCAUGUUCGAGCUGACCGGCGGGCUGGAAUACAUUGUGCCUCUGAUGGCUGCGGCCAUGACCAGCAAGUGGGUGGCAGACGCGAUUGGCAGAGAGGGGAUCUAUGACGCCCACAUACGUCUGAAUGGAUACCCCUUCCUGGAGGCCAAGGAGGAGUUUACACACAAGACCCUGGCCAUGGAUGUGAUGCGGCCGCGCAGGAAUGACCCGCCGCUGACCGUGCUCACACAGGACGGCCUGAAGGUGGAGGACGUGGAGACUCUCAUCAGUGAGACCACGUACAGUGGCUUCCCCGUGGUAGUGUCGAGAGAGUCCCAGAGGCUGGUUGGCUUCGUUCUGAAAAGAGAUCUUGUUAUAUCAAUAGAAAAUGCACGAAAGAGGCAGGAUGGUAUUGUUAGCUCUUCAGAUAUUUACUUCACAGAGCACAUUCCACCACAGCCUCCCAGCAGCCCAGCGACGCUCAAACUGCGCAAAGUCAUGGACCUGAGUCCCUUCACUGUCACCGACCACACGGCCAUGGAGAUUGUGGUGGACAUCUUCCGCAAGCUGGGCCUGCGCCAGUGUCUGGUCACUCACAAUGGCCGCCUUCUGGGAAUUAUCACAAAAAAGGACAUAUUAAAACACAUGGCCCAGGUAGUAAAUCAGGACCCAGACUCCAUUCUUUUCAACUGAAGUAGCCUCCCCUUCACUGUGACUGCACCCAGGAUGACGGGAUACUCCCGCUAGCUUCUUUUCACACAGACUGGUCAGAUUAAUUGCACUACUUUAUCUGUGGGAGUGUCUUUUCACCUGGGUUCCUUUGUGUCGAAUCGAACGCAGCAUCACCUGUACAGGGGACCCACACUAGCCACUGUGGUGCAGCCGAUCCUGAAUAGAAACAUGACUGGACAUGAUAUUCAUUGCUGCGUGAUCUCUGUCCUGUCCUUAACAUAUCAACUUGAAGAGGUCGGAGCUGUACAGUAAAUCAGGGUUGGGCACUGCUGAUUUACUCUAAUGUAUGUAAACAAUGAAGGGACAAUACAAAUCCGGUAUCUAACGUGGCAUUGACAGCGGCAGGAUGAUUCUGGGACUCGAUACUGACAAGGAAAGGCAUCUCUGGUUAAACUUCCCAGGACCGUGCUGGUAAAUUCCCGGGUGUGAAAGUGUUUGUGUUUCAUCUGUUAGACCUGGUUUGUUGGAGGCAUGCACUGGCACAGGUUGGUUUUGUCUGAAUACUCUGCAAUUUCUGAGAGUGCAUCAGCAUUCACCAUUAGUCUUGCACAAGCUGCACAGUGCAGAGCAGUUUCAUAAAUCAAGAAACUAAACUGUGAUCCCUCCAUCAGUAAUAUUAUUUGACAGUGAAGAAGGAAAACUAAUUAUACAAUGGUUUUGAGAAGCAGAAUAAACUAAUGUAUUAGUCCAAAAUCACUGCACAUGCACUGGUGAAAUAGUCUGAUUCUCUCCGAGACUGUGAGUGUAGCGCUGCUGUCCUAAUAACAGUUGCACAAGCAGGUACUGUGCUGGUGGCACAAUUAAUUAUCACCAGAGUCAAAGUCUACAAAAUGUAAGAUUAUAAGGGGCUUGAGAGAAUGAUGACAUAUUAAUGAGAAAUGUCUUUUAAAGGCUUUAAACUUGAGCCCAGAUCCAGGGGCAAAGAUGUGUUAUUAGUGGUAACAGUAAAUACCUGUCUAAAAACCAAGCUGCGCUUGGGACUGGGGGCAUUGUCUUAAAAGGGUUCUACUGUAUUGUUAUUAUAAUGAAGCAUAUUUUCACUUCACGCUGGGGGAUUUCUGGCAAAGGCACAAUCUAAACAAAUGAAAGUGAGAGAUGUGAUCCAGAACGCCCCCACUGCCAGAACAAAGGCAGAGCCUGCGUGAGUUUAUAACUGCAGUCAGAGCCAGCUGCAUGGAUCUGUUGCAUGUCACUACACUGUAAAAAGCUCUUUCCUAACUCUCCGUAGAACCUUUUUAUCUUCUGUUAAUUCCCUUGUUAAGGAGCUCUCCAUCUGGUGAGAAUAUACACAAUCACAACAACACUCUCAGCAGGAGUAUCCGUACACAUUAUUAUUUGCAGGGAUGUUGACUUCAAUUUAUUAAGUCAUAGUCAGCAAGGAUACAGUCAGAGGAAUAUCAGAGAUAAUCUAAAUGUGCAGAUCAUUCCCAGGAUUGCAUUAUCCCCUACAUAUGUAUUGCACUUUUCAGGUGUAUAUUGAGAUGUUAUAGUAAGUUCAAACCUCCAACUUCCUGGCAGAGUAUGUUUGGUAAUGUGUAGUGACAAUGAGGACUUUAAACACUUUCCUUCAAAACCAAUAAGGAAGUCCAUAACGACACAGAGGGAGAAAGAGAUGUGGUCCUUGGUUUUUGUAUGUGCAGUGAUUUUAGUUUUUUUUUAGCCAUAAAAAAAAGGGUUUGCAUUAAAGUGAGUUAUACACCAUAGGAAAUCAAUGCUACUGCCGGAGUCAUUUUCAUUCAUUCAGGGACAUUGUUUAUGGUGCACAACUCAACGUUAUGUCAGACCAAUAUAUUUGUAUCACUUUACAUUUGUCUUAACUACAGGUGCAAUGUGUGUUUUUCUUGUACAGUUGAGCAAGUCUUGCCAUGAACCUGUAGGUAACCAGGUUCAAUUACCACUCUGCAGUUAGUUUUUUUUCCCCCAGGAUGGCGCAUAAACAUAUUUUAAAAUAUUAGGGCUAUAUCACAAUCUUUAUGCUGAAUCAUUCCAUUAGUCAAGACUGAAUGGCCUGGAUGAAUCCUUAAAAAUUAAAUGAAUACCUGUGCUAACUGAGAAGAUGCUGUAUUUUAUUUUGUCCUUUCUUGACCCUGUUCUAAUGGUUCUGAGUGGUGUUUUUGGUGCUCCAAUGAAGAGUUGUAUUAUCCCUCUAUGAUUGUGAUAAGCAUUGGUGAUGGGAAUAUAGUGCUCCAGUACGUAUCACACUGAAGCUCUAUUUUGAGAACCACUUAUCAUGUUAUAAAACUUGUGAUUCUAACAUGAGUUCAUGAGUGUAUAGAGCAGAGUGACAUAUUUUCAUAUUUUUUCAUGAGUUUUGGUCUCUGACUGGUUGGUUGGGAAGGCAUAUUCUGAACACCAUUCAACAAAAUCGAAAACCUUCAGCUGUUCAAAUGAAUGUAAAUGAUUUUAAUGAAAGGUCUUCUCACAAGAACAGUCCAGUCCUUAAAUGUUAUCCAUUUUUAAGGGAUUAUGUACAUCUGGGAGUUGGACAAUCCACUCAGAGCCUUUGUUGUUUACAUUUGUGUAUCCCUAAAGGAAAAACCUAAUAAACUCCGAAGCAAUAGAAAACCUCAUGAAAAAGAUAAAACCAACAAAACAAUGAAAUGCUAUUUGAAAGAUUUUGUUCUUUUUGCCCUUUUUUUUUUUUUUUUACAGCAACGGUAAGUUAUAAGUCUACAGGACCCAUAAAACUUUGAUAAUACAAAGUAUCUGUUGGAACAUCUAAGUGUUACCAAAACAAGCUAUUAAAUAGUAACAUUUCGAUUCCUUUUGACAGAUAUGUAAAAGAAAAAAAUCUUUCUUAAUUCCAUGUUCAUCUUUGUUAAAGUGCCAAGUUCCACCAUAUUUGAGGGUGAAUUGGCUUUAGAUCCUUUAACAUCCAACUUGACAAAGUUCUGAGAUGAAUCAGUAACUGAUUCCUGUCAUUUGUACAUUUUCUUAUGUUCUUCUUAUUUAACUCGGAUGUGCCAGCAAGACCGCUGAGUUCAGGUUUGAGGCCAGUUCAUCCUAUAUUUAAUCAUGUCUGUCGAGGGACAGAAAGUGGCAUUCUGGAAGUACUCUCUAAUUUUAUGUUUCUGUUUAUUAUCUAUGUCCAAGUAUAAUGUAACACUUCUAAACCUAAUUUGUGUUGAGAGAUUGAUUUUUUUGUGUAUGUUAAAAAUCCAAUGCAAAUGUGUGUUGUAACAUUCCAUUGUAAUAUACAGUAUUGCAUCCUCUGUGCAUGAAUGUGAAUAAGAAGGCAUAAUUAAAGACCAUAACCUAAUCACCUUUUUAAUGUAGUAAAAAAAAAAAACUUGCAGUAAC